AUGCCGUAUGCGCACGUACUGCGCGAUAUGGCGCGUAGAGAGGCGUUUCGAGACACAGAGCUCCUUCGACGGUCGUAUUUGGCCGUCGCACGCAACACGACGCUGCCCAUGAAUCUCCGGCACCAGGCACAGCUGCAACUGAAUGCAAUGGACAGUAAGACACGACCAAGUGUGAUCAAGAACCGAUGUACGUUGACGGGCAGAGGCCGGGGAGUGCUGUCGAAAUGGGGGUUGUGCCGGUUUCAGUUUAAGAAAAAGGCAAUGGCAGGAGAGCUACCAGGUGUGAAAAAGGCGUCGUGGUGA